AGAGACAACGGGUAAAAGACAUUGAUCAGUGCUCAUCGUGAACGUCGUGGGUUUACUUCCAGGAGACUAUUAUAAAAAGGAGCUAAAAGAUGCAUCAGAGUCUAGUAGGGUUCCUUGUGGGCUUAUCCACGGUUACGAUUAUUCUACAAGUGGUGGCUGGAAGUUCCCUAGGUUUUCUCCGCGCUCUAGCAGCAGAAGACUCUGAAGAGGAACAACAAUUGACCUUCGAUGAUGUGGAACAGACAAAUAUGAUAUCAGAUUAUGACAACAAAAAUACACUGACGAGUAAAAAGACCAAAGAAUGGGUUAAAGUGGAGUUGUCUGGAUCAUCGCAUUCUCACAUUCUUUCGAAAGGGCAAUAUUACGAGUUGACGUGUAAAGGUGAAGGCGGACCAGCUCCACAAAUUUUCUGGAUACGCGGUGGAAAUAUUCAAAGACAGCUCGAUGAACUCAAAAAAACGAGUCUCACGUAUGACCCCUCAAUGUUUUUCAAUUCGGGUGCUGCAAAGAAGGAAUCAAAAUACGUGAUUGAUUGUGCAUCAAAACAAGACGAGGGGCCCAUUCACUGUGUGGCGAUUGCAGGUGACAAAUUCAAAUGGGAGUCAACGGUUAUUUUGGUAUCGGAUAACGUCAACUCUACACGGAGUCGAUCCUGUGGUUCAAAUCGUCCACCGGUGAUAACUCAUCAUACGGCAACAGUUGUGGCACUUCAAGGUACAUCCUUAAUCCUCCCAUGCGUGGCAACAGGCAAACCCAGACCCUACAUCACCUGGGAAACUUCAGACGGCAAUGUAAUAGCGAAUCACCUCUUCAACCCACGUUUCAAAGUACUUGGUACUGGUGACCUACUAAUUGAUGCGCUCGAGUGGGAGGACAUGAACGAAUACACCUGUGUAGCAAAAUCACAUCUGGGCGAAGAUCGUGUCUCCACGUUUGUCUAUCCCGCCCAACGUGAUGAUAGGCGUUAAACUGCUCGUACACAGGACACAGGAGAAGAUGAACCAAUGGCCAUUGAGAGUACUUGCAAUCCACCUGUUUCUAAUUCUUAGGUAGCUGACUAUUGUGCUGGAAAUGUCAAGUAAAGAAAAAACCGUGCCGGCAGUGAGCCUCACAUUUUCAAUGGGGACAAAAAAAAAAAAGAGAAA